GAGCAAAACAAAAGGCAAGAGCUUAUCUUGCAAUCUGGCUUCUUCAGGAAACGUAUCGAAGUAGGGAUCAGGCGACGUAUUCGAUCGAUUGCGCUUUAUAAGUUCAGAGAAUCUCAGCACCAUUCUAGUUCUAGGGUUUUGUUUCUAAUCCAUGGACAAGAUCAGGAGACCAUCCCACGCAGGUUCAUGGUACACUGAUGAUCCUCAAAAGUUGGAGGAAGAACUUGAAGGAUGGCUCGUGGAAUGUGGUUUGACUAAGUCUCCGGAUGUACGAGGUGUAAUUGCUCCACAUGCAGGUUAUUCUUAUUCUGGCCGUGCAGCGGCCUUUGCAUUUGGAAACAUCGACCCAACCAACAUUACUAGGAUAUUUCUUCUUGGUCCAUCUCAUCAUCAUUACACCCCUAAAUGUGCUCUUUCAAGAGCAACGGUUUACAGGACACCAAUAGGCGACCUUCCUAUAGAUCUCGAAGUCAUAGAAGAGCUAAAAGCCACCGGAAAGUUUGACAUGAUGGAUCUUCAAGUUGACGAGGCUGAACAUAGCAUGGAAAUGCACUUACCAUAUCUCGCCAAAGUAUUUCGUGGGUAUACAGUAAAAGUUGUUCCUAUUUUGGUGGGGGCUGUAACCGCUGAAAAUGAAGCGAUGUAUGGACGGUUGCUCGCCAAAUAUAUCGACGACCCCACAAAUUUUUUUUCAGUGUCCUCCGAUUUUUGUCACUGGGGUUCUCGGUUUAACUACAUGCACUACGACAAAAAACAUGGAGCGAUCCAUAAAUCUAUUGAGGUUUUGGACAAGAUGGGAAUGGAGAUUAUAGAGACCGGAGAUCCAGAUGAAUUUAAAAAGUACUUGUCGGAGACCGACAAUACCAUUUGUGGACGCCAUCCCAUCAGCGUAUUUCUACAUAUGUCAAGGAACUGCUCAACGAAGAUAAAAAUAAAAUUUCUUCGAUACGAGCAGUCGAGUCGAUGCAAAAGCAUGAGAGACAGCAGUGUGAGCUAUGCUUCAGCGGCGGCAAAGUUGGAUCGCUGAGUCCAGCCCUGGGUUUAUAACACUUGUAUGUUCUAACCUUAUUUUCAAAUCCGUCUCUUCCAUUUGUUUACCGUCAAUAAGAUUACAUCUCCGAUUCCGUGUGAUGGGAGCCACCAUUAGCUCCCAAUAACCACCACCACCACCACCACCUGCCGCCAUCGUAAUCUUCCAUCUUCAAGUUUGUGUUUUUAUUUAUGUACAAAUAAUAACUUUUCCAUGUUUAUUAGUCGAUCUUCCUGUCAUUUGUUGAUCUCUGGAAACACCGGUGGUCGUAUAAAAAGAUCGGUCUUUUGCAA